UCCUACCGCUCACUUUCACCGAAGCGCGACGCUCGUGGUUAUGCGGGGCCGUCAGUGCGAGUGGUGCGCCCGCGCGAGGCGGUUCUCAAUCGGAGUCCUUCUCGGGCUCCUUCAUAUUAUGUAAGGAGCACCCAGAGGGUCUUCGAUCAGAUAGUGACACAAGGCCUCAAAACUAAGAUGGCGUCAUCUGUCCGCCUUCUGGCAGCUGCAGCUUUGCUGCUCUGCCACCAGGUGGCAGGCCAGACCGAGGAGCUCGGUCCCAACUACAUCGGCGAGGAGGGCAAGCCGCCGCUGCCCGAGACUGCACUGCUAAACGGCAAGGUGGUCGAACUGGACGAACUGGGUGACAUCAUCUACCUGAACCGGAGCAGCGCCAACCUCAACUGCGCCGAGGGCAAGAUGCAGAUCGACGUCAACUUCAAGGAGCCCUUCAACGGCAUCAUCUACGCCAACUUCGACCGCACGUCUCCGUGCACGUGGCAGGGGGACGGCGAGACCAGCUACCACGUGGAGCUGCCCCUUCGCGGCUGCGGCACCAAACAGGGCCCGGCCCGCGUGUUCACCAACAACAUCAUCAUGCGGUUCCACCCGCACCUGGAGUGGGCCGGUGACGAGGUGGUGACGAUCGUCUGUCGCUACCCGCCGCCGAUCGCCGCGCCUCCCGUGGCCGGGCUGCCGUUUGUCGCUGGACCGCCCGAGACGCCACUGACGCCACUCAAAAAGAUCGGAGAGGCCGACAUCAUCCUCAUCAUCUGCGCCAUCCUCUUCCUGGCGCUGCUGCUGCUCGGACUCGGCUUCGGCUAUGCGUGCCUCAAGAAGAGACGCAUCAGCCUCAUCAAGAACGUGCCGCUGGAGACGGCGCCGCCCUCCGAGUCGUCGAUCUACUCUCCGGGAAGUGUGAUGCCCAUCUUCGACGGGCUCAAGAUCCCGCGUGCGCACGCAGUGCCCAUCGUGGACGACGUCACCAGCUCGGAGACCCUGCCGUCCGACUACCCGUCCGAGUCGCCGAGCACAGCUCACUCCAUGAUCGACGAUGUGGAAAUCAUCCCUCCGCCUUCGGUGGGUCCGCCGCAGCAGACGCUGGUACCGGCCGGCGUGCCGCCCGCCGGGGUGCCCAACCACGCCUACCUGAUGACGGAGGAGCUGCUCAACACCACCUACACGGACAAAAUGGUCAGGGAGGAGGUCGACAUCCACCGGCAGCCCAACCUGAUGAAGAAACAGCCGAACCCGGAGGCGCUGCACGCCGCCGAACAGCAGCUCACCACCAUGCUGACCACAGCCGACCGGCGCUACAGCGAGUCCCCGGAGCCUCCUGCGCGGGCCGACGUGCGCCACGUGCAGGCUGAGCUGCACACGCCGCCACGUACCGCGCCGCCGCCGACCAUCAGCAGCGAGUUCCGCGUGCACCAGCCGCCGCUGCCGCCGCCGCCGCCUUCCGAACCGGACACGGUGGCCUCACAGGACGUCAUCGACCACACCGAGCUGGAGACCCUGGAGAUGCCGCCACCGCCGCCUCCGCCGCCACACAAGCCGGUGCUCACCUCCCAGACUGUAGACGACCGCAUCCUGUCCACCAUCACCGAGACUAAGGUGUACGAAGACAUCGAGCGUCGUCGUCGCGCCGUCAAGGAGUAUUACGAGCGCAAGCAGCAGGCGCUGCCGCCCGACUGGGACGUGGAGAUCCGCCAGUACCCGCCGCCGGAGCGUGACUUCCCUGACACCGCCUCCUCCCACUGGGACGAUUCGUCGGUGGGCACAGAGGUACCCCCUCUUCCGGGACUCCACGCCGCCCGUACCGCCUUCGAGACUACCGACCACCACUUCUCCAGCACUGACCAGACCUUCAUGACUUCGACCACCUCGCGCACCGGUGUGGACGUCACGCGCUCGGCCACGUCCGUGGCCGCUCCGCCGCUGCCGCCGCCGCCGCAGCCGCCGAGCCCGCCGGCUCUGGAGCGCGCUGACGGACCCGAGGAGCCGAUCCGCCCACUGCGCCGCGAGAUCACCCCGCCACGACGCAACCCACCCUCGAUGGACGUGCUGAUCCGCGUGCUGGAGGCCCCGCAGGAGUUCGACGAUCGCCUCAGCGUGCUGACUGAUGACGACCGCGAGACGCUGCGUCAGCUCAUCACCCGCGAGGAGACGUUCCGCACCAUGCUGACUGAGGCCCGCGUCUACCAGGACUUUGAGCGCAUCCGGCAGGACGAGCGGUUCGCGCGCGUGCUGUCGGCACAGAAGUGGGACGUCAUCAUUCGCGUGCUGGCUCCGCCGCCUCUCGAAGUGACUCCGUCCGAGUUCUCUGAGACGACGCGCGCGCCGUCCGAGGUGACCGACUUCUCCGACAUUCCCGAGCCGCCACCGGAGCCCAGGAUCCACAGAUACCGCAAGACAUCUAACCAGCUGCAGCAGUUGCCGCCUGUGUACGAGUACGAGACUGGGCCUGGUCGCCCUCCGCGCUCCGGACCCGGCAGCACCCGCUCUCACGUCACCACAAGGUCGAGCUACGGCGGCGACGUUCGUUCCAUGACAGAGGAGAUGGUCUCCUUCCACCGCUACCAGCCGGACGAGUGGUCUGAGACAGACACCGCUCCGAGGCCCCUCUCCAUCGACCCGUCCGACGGCGGGCCCCUGCAGGGUGCCACUCAGAGGACUUACUUCGAGAGCCACCAGGAGGUGGACCUGCCGGGCGGCGGCCAGCGGCGCUACUUCGAGAGCCACCAGGAGGUCAGUGCCCGCGGCGCACCGUCCACCAUCGGCGACCGCGAGGAGGUCUACUCGAUGGCCGAGACAGACGUCGACUGGCAGAGGAGGUAGGCUGGAAGCCUCGAGGCGGAUGAAGGAGGAGCGAGGCGAAAUUAGAGUUCAUUCACCGCAGCUGAGGAACUGCCGCAAAAAUGGGAAAAAGUGAGGAGAAGGAAGAAGUGUCGGGAGAACCCGGCAGGAACCGGUCGGAGCUGCCCAGCGCACGGGCAAACCAACUAUAACCACGCCAUCUGGCGGUGACUCGCCGUCUCGUACUAAUCGCAAUUUAACCCGGUGCUUGGCGUAGAAAGCUGGAAUGUGAGUGUUCGAUAGGUUGUUUGGUGGUGGCGGCCCGCGCGUGCGCACCGGCGCCGGACUGACCGCGGGGCCGCCUCACGCCGCUUCUAAUACUGUGAUAACGCGCGGGACGCGUGGAAACUACGAGCGUCUGUGUCAAUGAGAGAUGGCACCACUGGCGUGGAAAAGAUGGCGCCACCACUGCGGCGAUAGAUGACGUCACGAUUGAGGCGAUAGAUGGCGUCAUUAUCGCGCCCUGAAAUGAGCUCUCCUUUGCGGCGUCAGUGUCGGCGCGAGUGGACCCGACUGCCUGUGUACUAAUGAUCUCGGUAAGAGGACGCCAGCGUGCCGCUGAGGUCAUCGCCAGGCGGCGCUGAGAGCCGGUUAACGCGGUCAUCGACAGUUACCUGCCGCUCAGCCCGCCGGCAGAUGGCAGCAGUGGCACCUGGUCGUCAACCCUCGUGUCCGUCUAACACCGCUAAUGGUAGAAUAGAACUCCAGCGGAGUUUGCCCACCGUUCUGAGUCGCGAGGCAGCCGCGGGCCUCCUGCAAAGCCGCCUGGCGGCAGCUGUAGGAAUUAUCCCCCGCCGCUGCCUCGCGACCCAGAAUGUCAUCUGGCGUCUGAUUCGUCCCCAUAAGGCCCCAAGUCUGAAAAUGGUAGGGGCGUGAUUUUGAACGAACCACCUAUUGCUGGGACGAGUCAGUCGCCGAUUACUGCGCGCUGACUCAUCGUACCUAUACGAUUUCUGUGCGUUUGAUAACUUUUCACAAAGAGUGUAGCUGUGCUACAGAAUGUCUGAAGUGGAACUAGCCAAUGAUGAUGAGAGAGAGAGAAUGUAUAGGACGCUGUGACAGUGCGCUGCGUGGGCCAACCUCGCUGUAAUGCCUUAUCGAUAUAUCGACCAAUAAAUACACUAUCGUUCGCUAA